UUCCCACCCUCCCUGCUCGUGUUCUUGAUGGUCGUGAGGAAGUUUUCUGCACUACACCGGUCACAGAGGUGCGAGUGAAUGGCCUGACGCCUCGUUGUAAACAAACGGAUCCGCGCAGACGUAAUUGCGCAAGGAUGGCAGACGCAGCCUUCCAGGAGGACACGGUGCCCGAGGAGGAGAAGGAGUUUCAGAGGAUUAUAGCUCUGAUCGGAGGCAAAGAGAGGAUUUAUUUGGUGAGCGACGCCUGUAAGAGCAAAGAGGCGGACGGGGGUGAUAAUGGAAUAAUGCAGGAGUUCAUCCGUGACAUGUUUCACAGCAGCAGCCCGGUGAACAGCAACGGGCAGCGCCAAACCUCUCCGUCAAGCAGCCACGGCGACACCACGGCAAGUGGAAACCCCAUUUCCGGCGAGGUUGUCAAAGGCAAUGACAUACCUCUCAUAGCGAGGCCCAAGGAUUUGGAUUUGAGAGCCUGCCCGUUAGAAGAGGACGAGGAGAAGGAGAAGCGGCCAACGCGCAAUGGCAACGCGCAGAGAAUAGCAACGAGGAGGGCGAACAUUUACAGCCUGAAGCGAACCAUAGACUCUCCUGUCAUCAUAUUCAUCUUCAGACAGACAUUCAUCAGCAAAACUUCAAACGAGCUGUGCUUGAAAGAGACGCUGAAGGACGUAAAGGCACGCACGAAACGCGCCAGGAUCGCCCGACCGGCUCUGAUUGGAUUAAUACGCACCAGGCAGGAGAGCGUCGAGACGCAUCGAUGUGCUGAACUCCUGGAGCGUCUGAUCCGCUCAGUGUUCCACAAACAGUCACCAGAGACAAUAUGGGUGGGCUGCUUCAUCCCGGAGACAGAGGACAAAAUGCUCAACAUCAAGAAAAACGCCUGCAAAGUCAUAUACUCAUCUCAAACAGCAGAUAAUACCAGGGAUAGAGGGAACCCGCUUUUCUGGCCAUUCCAAUGUUUGCGCUGGGCUCAGAGAAGAGGCCAGGCCAACAACAACGCUUCAGCCGGCAGGCAAGGAGGUGACACUGGAAGUCAAGAGGAGGGCAUCCCUCUGAAAACCAAUUCCCUGUCUGCGGGGCCUCAUGUGGAUGGAGAGUCAGCUGGAGGAGACAGCUGAUGCCAUGGCGCAUGACCUGUGGCUGCAGGCGUAUCACAGCAGACAAUCCUGUUUUAAUUGUGAGGAGAAAGUUGGCCUUGUGGUGCUACAGAGCCUUACUACAUGUUACAGUGUUUCGUGCUAGGCCAACAUGAUUCUUGUCCUGAAGUAAUAAUUUGCUUAAUAGUCAAAUCUGUUGCUGCCUUGCUGAUUUACACACUGUGUAUGCCUGGUGCUGAUUCAAUUAACUGUCAAUUUUUGAGGCCUAGAUCGAUAUUUGUUUCGUAUUUCAGUACAUGUUGAACUGCCGUAUGGCUAGGCUACAGUAGGAAACUUACAGCAAAUAUACUCUUCUAACAUGGUACAUAGUGAAGUCUAGGGUUAGACUGCCAACUUGCCCCAGACCUCUUCAAAAAACCAAGGUUUAUUGUUUGUCAUCUUGUUGUUGCUAAUUUGACUGACAACUUAUUUGAGAAUAUUCAUCAUCAAAUCACAACAUCAAUUGACACAAAAGGGGUCUUAAGUGGGGUCCUGCUUCAUUAACAGGGGUCCAGCUGCUUAUUUUUAUACCCGUGAGACGCCCCAGCAUCCAGCCAUGGUCAAGCAAUGUGAAUCUUUUUUUCCAUGUUCAUAUAUUAGAAUUGUGUGCCUUAGAUUGGUGCUAUUGGCAAUAGCAUUAUCUGCAGUAGAAAUGGAUGAAAUUGCUUUUCAUCCUUUACAUAGGUUAUUUAUGUAGGCAACUGGUUUGUACAUUCAUAUAAAUACUGUAUGUAAAUAAACACAGGUAAUCUUG